CGCCACCGCCUGCUUGUCAAACCGAACCUCCUCCUCCGCUUACUGUCCCCUCCCAGCGGCUCUCACUCCCUUCGCCACUGCAGUGAAAGCCUCGGUUAUUGAGAGAGACGGCGAGGAGAGUCUGAAAGCUGGGUACAAAUCCAGGACCAGACCUCUGAAGAGGCACUACUACUGUGUUGGUUUUUUUUUUUUGUAUCGUUCCGCUCAGCUCGGCGGCCCGCUGACUCUUCCUGUUUCACCUCUUUUCCGUUCUCAUCGCCUGGAUUUCAUCAUCCGACCCGCAAGAUGGGAAAUGAAGCCAGUUACCCCCUGGAGAUGUGCUCACAUUUCGAUGCUGAUGAGAUUAAGAGGCUAGGGAAGAGGUUUAAGAAACUCGACCUAGAUAACUCGGGCUCACUCAGCGUGGAGGAAUUCAUGUCUCUGCCGGAGCUGCAACAGAACCCACUGGUGCAGAGGGUUAUCGACAUAUUCGACACGGACGGGAACGGAGAGGUGGACUUUAAAGAGUUUAUUGAAGGAGUCUCACAGUUCAGCGUCAAGGGAGACAAAGAACAGAAACUCCGAUUCGCUUUCAGGAUUUACGACAUGGAUAAGGACGGCUACAUCUCCAACGGCGAGCUCUUCCAGGUGCUGAAGAUGAUGGUGGGCAACAACUUGAAGGACACGCAGCUGCAGCAGAUUGUGGACAAGACCAUUAUAAACGCAGACAAGGACGGAGACGGCAGGAUAUCCUUCGAAGAGUUCUGUGCAGUGGUCGGUGGCCUCGAUAUACACAAAAAGAUGGUGGUGGACGUGUGAGCGCCCUCCACUUGCUGAAUCCCCCUCCUCGCCCUCAACACUCGCUUUUCUCCACCAUCUCCGAAGAUCUGCUCAAAGACGUCUGGCAAAACGCUCUCUGUGUAACUCAAUGGAAGUAUUCUCUCUCUUUAUGUCAAUCUCUCUGUGAAGCCGCUUUUUCUUUUCUCUCUAUUUUCUUUUUUUUUUUGUUUUUUUUGCUUUCGAAAAACCACGGGCCUCGUGAAGCCAACUUUGAAGUGUUAUUGAACUGUAAAUCCGCAAUAACCCGGUCGUAGCACUUUAAGAGACUGAAGGACAUCCAUUUGGUCAUUUGCAAAGAGCAUCUCUGGAAGGAAAAAAAGGAGGGAAAGGGGGAUAGAGGAGGGGCGCAGUGAAGAGGCUGGUUGGCUUGUUCAUAUUUCAUCCUUUUUUUUUCUCUCUUUUUUUGGUAAUUGUUAUUUUGAUAUUUAUUUUUGUUGUCUUUUAUAAAGAAAAAAAAAUACAACUAUAUAUCUGCAUUUAUUUUUCUUUUCUUUUUUUUCUUCUUUUGAGAGGACGUGUGUAGUGUAUUUACACUUGCAGCAGUACAGCUAGAAAGUAG